CUGAGUUCAGUUUUUCGUCGGCUUUUCGCGUGUUUGGUUGUCUGGAUUUAGGAGGAACUAUUCUGAACUAUUCGGUGCAGUGAUAAAUUGGAUUAACCAAACAGUCGGUUGUAGACAGUAACGUGUCAAUAUCUUCUGUAAAAAAAACUUUGGAAUCGGAGAUUGUACUAUUGUAUUCGCACAACUGUAUAAUGGAAAGCCAAAUGACAACGCCGCACCAUACCGCACCUGCGUGAGUCAUACUGCCAUUAGAAUAUGGAUCCACCAACACAAAGCCUCCCAAGGCCUGCACAGGAUUUCCCCGAGCCGACUCCUACAGAUGCGUACAUCAUCCCAACGCUGGGACUUCACGAGGGGACCUUUGUGUUCUCCUACCUGUCAACAUUCCUCUCCUAUAUAACGCCGUAUGAUCUCCCAGUAGUCUAUUGUGUUUUAGAGCUUCUGCGAGAUGCCUUCCAUGCGAGAGUAUCUUUUCUGCAACUGAUCAUGGAGGCACUGAAAGUAGAGUCAGGCUACAUUUGUCUGAUUGCGAUAUUCUUCCUGGUUUCUUUGAUCCCGCUAUGCUACACGAUAGCGUGGGGUUGUUCGAAAACUGCGGACGACGACAUCAAUCCGGGACCGACAGUGGACGCUGUUAUCCACGCCGAAGAGCUUUCACUGGAAGAAUCUCUGCAGUGCCGAAGGAGCUUCCUUGGUCUGAUGUUACAGAUUAUAAUUCUACUGUUGAUUGCAAGUAUAAUUGCCAUGUUCAUAACGAAUGAACAGAUUGCCUCUGCGAUUGAUCAGACACCGAUCGUAGUGCGAUCCUCGCUGAUCGAUGUGGAGACAUUUCUCAAAGACACGGAACAGCAAAUUUCCUUUCUGUUGUUUGAAGGAUUGGCUACGGCUGUGGACAGGAUUAGGAGUGAUAUGAAUGAUUUAGAUAAGCUACUAGGAGAACCGAUUCAAAACCAUCUGUCGCUGUUUACUGGAAUUGACAUUAUUUUCGAGUCAAUUAUGGAUAUUGGCACAAGUAGCAAUAAUCUAUUCCGGAGGAUUUCUCUUCUUCAAGAGACCCUUGCCAGAGCUGCAAAAAUCUCGUACGAAGCUGAAUACCGACUGGACGAACUACAAAUACAGUUAUCUGUCCUACAACGGCAAUGUACGUAUCGAGAUCGACCUCUUUGCGAUACAUUGAAGAUUAAGAACUUUGAGGAAUCGGGUCUAAUAGAAAAGAUACGAAAGCUACAAAAUGAACCCGUUCUAGCUAAGCUGAUGUCCAUGGGAGAAGCGGGCAAGAACAGCACGAUGAAGACGUUGACGCAGGAGUUAACGCUGGCUCGGUCUAUAUUCAGAAAUUAUAAAACGGACCUGAAAAAUGCAACCGCGCCUUCCAAAGAACACAUUGAAAGUUAUUUGGAGGGUUUGAGCAAUACAACGCUGCUAUCGACAAAUACAUUUUCCAACUCUUUGAAUGCUCUUGUAGUAGAAGUGACAAAGACGGCAAACUUUUCUGACUCAUUUUUCGACUAUUAUCGUGAAGUGGGAGCCAUUUUGUGGUUAACUGGAUUAACAGCUACUGUUUGCACUUUGCUAGUUACGCUUAUAUUGUUGGCUGCUCUGAGCUGUGGAUGUUGCCAUUCCGAUAAUAAAGCAGGUUUGACAUUGGUAUUUGGAGCGAUAGUUAUUUGUUUAUCAAGUAUUGCAUUGUCAGGAUUUGCCAUGAUUGAAAUGCUUCUAGGCGCUCACGGCCAAGUGUUUAUCUGCAAUCCUCUGUACGAUGAACCUAAUUACACCAUUCUCGGGAAACUUAUUGAUAAGCCAGGUUUGAUUUACCCAGUCGAACCACAAAACGGAAUAAUCGACGAGGUAUUGCGGUCAGUUGAUCCAAAUAAAACAUUUUCCGUGAACAUAUCGCUAGCAAAUGCGAUAAACGAAUGUCAACGCCAGAAAGGCACGUUCUCUACAUUCCAAUUAGAUACUCUAUUGAACAUCUCGUCAAUCAUGGAUUGCCACAGUUAUCCACACCUGGAUCAUGCAAUCGAUGAACUGGGAGCCACAGAAAUUCCCUUUAUUGGGUUUACCAACCAAAUUCAAUCGACUUUGGAAGGCAUGUUGACCGACUCUGACAUCAAUUUGGCAACAUUUCGGAUGGACUUGACACAGCUUUCGCCAGAUAAAGACGUUGUGACCUUUAUUGAUCAACUGCAACGAGUUUCUGCACAGAUCCAGGACGUGGCUACGUCGUCCAGAAUGACCACGCUUGGUAGUAGGGCGAAGAGGUUGCAGACUUCACUUUUAGUACCCCUUGAGCAGCUUCGUGGGGAUAUCGUCUAUCAUCUGACGGCACUAGAAUUCCAGUUAUCUCCAUGGGCAAAUCAAGUUAACAAGAGUCUAAUUCAUUUAAAGAGUGCUCAAUCAUACUUGGAUGCUGAAUCGGCGGAAAUAUGUCACAACAAAAGUGAGCAGUUUCGAAGCAGAUUGAAAGGCCAUUUUGAAUCUUACCGGAAUCACACACAUGUGAUUUUGAGCGACAAGUGCGCAAGCUGCAGGCCUCUAUUCGACAUAUUCGACGCAAUGAGAAUGCUUUUCUGCCAUCACAUCAUGGACCCAAUGAACGGACUAUGGUUCUCGUCAUUUGUUUGUCUGUUUCUGUGGGCAAUUGCAACUCCCGUUUCGUUAAUGAUGUCCACCACCUAUAGGCGACUGGAGAUGCUUUCCGGAAAGCUUCAGCACUCUAAUAGCAAUUACUAUGGGAACGAAGGUUCUACGCGAUCUGAUCCACGUCUUCAACUGCCACCACAUCAACAACAGCCUCCUCAUCUUGACCCAUCCGGUCAUUGGUCCAUCCAAAGAUCACAUUUGACCUCAUCCGGUACAUCGGUAAACGUGCUUCCGGAUAUUGAUAGGUCCAAUUGGUAACCCUCAGCCAAUUCCAACCGUCAUCUCACCUCGCUCGUUCACGCCGAUCAACAUUCAGAGAAAUCAUCGAUCCUUGUCUUGUGUCCCUUGUUUUUUUUCUUUUUCUUUGUUUUCGAUCCCCACCGCAGAUCCAUUUCGGUGCACAUUGCUGCCGCCAAGGAAAGCUGCACUGACGACGAUAUCAUUGCAGACGAUGUGGACGCCUAUCGCGACGGCGAAGUCGUCAUCGAGUAUAUAGAGCUUCAGUUUGACGACGGAGACCCGACCAAGU